AUGCGGGACGCCUUGACCACCAUCCAGCCUGAGAUUUACGAAUUUGUCUCCCAGGAGAACCGGAGCCAUGCCGACCCGUGGCUGCAAAAGACGGAGUGGGUGCCUCACGAGAGAACUUUGGUCCUGUACGUGUGUGUCCAAGCUCCAGCUGGUUCGAACUGCAGGCCGGGAGGGCCUGAACAGGUGGGCGAAGAGGUCACCUCGAGCAAGGAAGAGCUGCUGAACACGCUAACCCGGCCGAAGCUGCUGAAGAUCUACUUCCCUCCCAGCCUUGACCAGGUUCCCUUCUGCUUCUGCGAGGAUGAUGUUCUAGUGCCGGCGACGGAGGCUGCCAACGGGCGCCUCCGCCCGCUCUCGUGCAACUCCGUCCGUGCGGUAGUCACCACGGUCCUCCAGUGCGUGAAGCGGGAGGCGGCUUCAGCAUCCGUCCUAAGCUCGGGCGACAAGGGCGCAGAAGGAGGAGGAGGAGCGGCGCGAGCUCGGUUGGCCGCUGAGGCAGUGCUAGCGGCGAUAAAGGAGGACCCUCUCGGUGCGGACCUCGUUCUCGCGCUCCUGAGCAUGGCAGUCUCUUCCUACAGACGAGACACGGUGUCGACGCCGUUCCCCAAACAGUUGGAGUCACCGGGCGGCUCGAAACGCGCGUACGCUGCCUUCAUUUCGUGCUUGGAGGGCAUCCCCAGCAUGCUGGAGAUGUCAAGGUGGACGGACGCAGCACAGGUGUUGAAACUUCCCCCGGUAGCCGUCGUCGCCCUCCACUUGGUGCUGGUGCUUCAGCCGGCGCGGCUGCGCAAUCUUGCAUCGAAGAAUCGCGCUCGGUCUGCGGCGACAGCGAGCUGCGGCGCUAGGGCCUCGUCGAGUUGGUCCGCGUCCUCCGGCGCGGGCGUCGCCGGGUUAAAAGCGCGCUUUCCCGCCGCCGGUUUGGGGGUUCCGUCGACUGCAAGCGGUAGGAGUGGGGAUGGUGGUGGUGGUGAUGGUGGUGGUGCGUCUGCCCAGCUUGGCGACGUGCCGACGUAUGCCUUUGAGGUCGUGCUGCCCAGCGAUCCCGCUUUCGACGCCCAGGCAGAGCUGGGGGGGUCCAAGGUCGCGUACCACGGCUCGAGCCCCGAGAAUUUCCACUCCAUCCUCAAUACCGGGCUCCGCGUGAUGAGCGGCAGCAGGCUCAUGAAGAACGGCGCGGUGUUCGGAAACGGAAUUUACCUCUCGGGAAGCUGCAAGGCGGCCGCUACCUUCGCCUAUCGCGGGGACGGUAGCGGGACUACCGUGUGGCCACGGAGCACUUUCGUAGACAAUCACUCCGCGUCUCGUCCUGCCGUAGCACAUGAUGUCGUUACCGCUUCUGGUGUUGCUGGCACUCCUGACGAUACGAAAGGCGACUCCCCUGCUGGUGCUGCUGCUACUGCUAGAAGCGGCAGUGCUUCGGUUGCUUCCUCGGCUACAAACGCCCGGUGCAAGAGGUUUCGACACCGUCUGGUGGCCAAGUGUCGCGUCCUAAACGGCGACGGGGUCAAGGAGAUCGAAGGCAGCGGUAAGGAGGCGAGCUACUUCGUCGUGUCGGACGCGUCCCGGGUGCGCGUGGAGGCCAUCCUUCUCUUCCACGAGACCCAGCCGUCGUCCCAGCAACACGCCGAUAUUAAUAGUGCCUCCGUCGACCGUGCCACCACAGCCAUUAGCAGCGGUGUUGGCGACAGCGGCAAGGGGGGGUCUCGAGCAGCACGGGGUAGGCAAAGCGGGGCGAGCGAGAGCAGCGGCAGCGACGACGACGAGGGGGUGUCUUGGUCCCGGGGGGUGCGUAGCGUCAGGGGUCACCUGCGCGGAAUGCUGUUGGAGGUGGUGACUUUCGCGACGCUAUUGUGGUUUUUAUGGUAUUUUUGGAGGGUCUCUCCGAUUUCAAACUGA